UUCGAGUCCGCUCGGCGACAAACGGAGCCGCGUGACGAGUCCGGUGUGCGUUUCUCGCGGCUAUGGCAUCCUCUUUACAUAAUUAUCGGUGGAUUAUCGCGUGGCGGAUAAUCGAACGAGACGAUAUUAAGCGCGCGUCGUCGGCUGGCUGCGCCGUCGAUCACGUUCGAUCGGCGCAAUCGUCCGUACGCCGAUCCGGAACGAAGAUUUAUCGCUGUGCCGGAUCAUCGGCGAGCCGGUGCGCGCUCGAUCCAGCGUGUGACUUCGAUCGCCGCGUGUUUACUCGCGGAUGUGCGUGUUUACAUUUUUUCCCCGAGGGAUCGGCGAAGAGGUAUUUACGCCAACGAAAAUCAAUCCGAUCGACGGGACGCUCGCAUUCCGGCAUUCUUCAUCCGCGAUCCAUUCGCACCGGAACGGACAUCCCAGGGAUUCACCAUGAGCAAGCUGUGCUGUGUCGGCUACGCUCUGGCCGCGAGGAUCAUCGGCACCUAUACCAUGUGGAUGUUGGUUUAACGUUUUCGUGUCGCGUGUACCGAGCUUGCUUGUGUAAACGAUCGGGUUUGCUCCAACGGUUUUUGUUUGCGGAGCAAAGAUCGUUAAACGUGCGAUCGACCGUGCAGAAACAGGAGCAAGACAGUUGAAAAGGGAAUACGUUAACGAUGACGAGUCGAUCUCGAUACUCGUGAUGAACGUGCUGAUGAGCAACUAUUUCUCGCGGCUGACGGACAACAGUUUCUUCGAAUCGGUGGAACACUGGACGGUGCUGGGCUUGAACUGGAUGAGGAUACUGAGGGACACGCAGAUGGAAAGGAAAGCGGAAGCGGCGGUGGUGUUUCUCCUCGUGUACACGGCAUCGACGUUAAUGGCCAGCGCGUAUCUCGCAGUGGGAUCGAUCUCCAGGAGACCCAAGUGCGCCGUGCCUUGGAUGUAUUUGCAAAUGAUUAGCAUAAUAGAUCAGUCCGUGGCGCUGACUAUUCAUCUGACGCACGGGCCCCAGUACGAUGUUUACGAUAAAUCAAUAUGGUACAUUCCAGUGUCCAGCGUCUAUCUACUGUUCAGCGCGUACAUCUGGAUGGUGGUGCAGGUGGCCAGGAAGGAGUGGUCCGACGAGGAGCGGGGUUGCAACGAUAUCGAUAUGGGGGAGGCGAUGUCGCCGACGCAGAUGAACAACGGCGAGCCGAAGACGCCGUCGUUCCUCUCGCAGAACUUCGCGAUGUUCAAUUCGCCGCAGCCGUCUUCGAUUCUGCCCAAGUAGAGGGUGAAACAGUGGAACACGUGAUUACGGAGACAAACUUGGCCGCGUCGGCAGGUUUAUUUUCGCCGAGAAGGCCGAGAAUAAACGAAUCGCGACCGUAAUUGCUUAAGCAAACUUUCCGCGCGCGCGUGAUUUAGAUGUCCUCGAUAUUAGCGUAUUUAUUUAUAGUCUAUCGACGUUCGGUCUACCCGCUUCAGCUAACGAUCGGCUGAUCAAACGCAGGCGUUCGGUCGCGGGUACGCUCUCCAGCGGGCAACGGGACCCUGUUCCUGAAAAAGAUUCGAACCUUAAAUCCGCGUAAUAACCAUUGAUCACCAGCCGGCUAAUGGAACGUGCGCCGAGACCCCGGGGCCGGGCCACCAGAACACGAUGAAUCUCGGCCCCGGUUACGGGGAAAAUGUACAAUAACGCGGGCAAACUCGAUAAAUCAGGCCGGGGAUGCGACUAAUAGAGUGUAUCAAAUGCGCCCGCGGCGGAGCGCGGCUGCAUAGAAAAUAUGAGAAAUGGCCGCGUUUUACGUCGAAAUACUUUUAAACUUCUGGGAUUCGAAUCGCGCGCGAGCAUAUUCCCUACAGGAGGUCCGCCGUCUCCUAGAUGGAGGUCGAUUUGUCCGAGAAUGGUCGGAACUUUUCGCGGAACUCUCGAGAAUAAUGAUCUAGAGCACAAUGCUCUGAUAGGAAAAAACCCCUGGCCGCGAUUUAUUUCGGCUGUUCCCACCGCGAUCGUUUCUCGAGGAAUACCGGGGAACGCUCGUCUUGUCACGGCAGUCUCGUAUUUUCGAAAAUACGGUCGAGACAACAGUGGCUUUCUGUUAGCCUCAUCGAAUAUGUUCUUAGCUGAUAAUGCUACGAUCUCGCGUAUCCCUUGUUCGACUGGUCCGAACGUACCACGCGAAACGCCAGACUCGUAAGCGCGAAGCGUCGCCAUGUUGCCGAUAAACCAGAUUUCACGACUACGUAUAUAAAUUUGACGCUCGCAAAAAGUUCCUGUAAGCUCUCCGCUGAACGAUACGGCUGUGAACAUGAAGGACAGACACGGGGGGUACGCGACGUGGUUGGUUGGCGGUGCUUUUAAAAAGAACUGAGCGAGCCAAUUUGUAGGCUGUCGCAAACUUUUAAAACACUAGUUGACAGCCGCCCCGCCUCCCCCGUAGCCGGUGCACCCUCUCGACGCUCGUCCAACCGUCCUGAAGGAUUCCAACCUCCAUCGAACCGUCUCUCUCUCGUCCUGCGACUGGAGCACCAGUCGACGACGACGACGACGACGACGACGACGACGACGGAAACUCACCCCACCGUGUCGUGGAAGCCGAUGGAUUGUAAAAUAAAACUAACUUGGCUCUUUCGUGGCUUGAGGACGGAGUACCGGCGAAAUCUUAUUCCCUCGGGUCUCUUUUAUUUUCGCGUACCCCUUUUUUUCCAACCAUCCGGACGCAAUCAUGAAAAAGAGCUUCGCGGAGGGCAGAUACGGGACUCGAGAAAAAGUGAGACAGAGUGAGAGAGAAAGAGAGAAUGAGAGAAAUAGUGCAACUGGAAAGCCUUCGAUUCGAGUCGCGACUCGUCGAAAAUUGUAUUCGAGGUUGUUACAUUUUUAAAUCAUCCCCGUGUACGCGAAUCAAUCGAUCGCUCCUCGAAUAAACGGAAGUUCAGAGGCGAGCCGUUUUCAUUCCCGUUUCAAUUCCCAGGGAAAAGGGGACCAUUCACGAUUUUUCCCCGAUGGCUAAACUACUUUUACGUGUAUACGACGGCUAAGGAGAAGGGUAGUCGCACGCAUGGCCCACAUAAAACGUCGCGCGGCGUAAUUAAUCUUCUUGUAUGACACUUUGGCUGGUUACAGGGCAAAGCUUGCCAGCAGCCGGAACACAACAUCCCACUUAAGCUACGACGCCCAGAAAACAAUUAAUACGAAAUUGAUUAAUAAUUAUUGCGUCCCAAUUUCGGCGCCCCUUGUCGCCCGGUCUGCCGCAAGUCACGUAACCGUGAAAAAAGAAAUUCUCUCGCGCCGGAUUCGUCGAUCAUCCCUUACCGAAAUGCGCGAUCGAUGCGGCGUGAGAGUCAUUCCUAAAGAAUCGUUGUUCCACUCGAAGUGUUCUCCUCUGUUCGAUGAAACGUGUAUCGGGCGUUCCUCUAAACAACGUCCAAGUAGAUUCAGCUUGCCAAUGCCCAGCCUUAGGAUACCAGGAUCUCGAAACAAAAUGAUAAUUCUACGGUUCCUUUAGAGUUUGUCUAACGAUUCGAUUAUAAGUUGAUCCUUAUAACAGUCACCUCUAUCGAAAUUUUACCAAAGUAAACUGAAUAAGAAUAAAUCCAUUCUCUCUUUAAUCUGUUCAUUUUUAUAGUAGUCACCUCAAUCGCAAUUUUAACAAACCGAACCGGAUAGAAAUCACUUUUUCAUUAGAGCCUGGACUACUUAGAACCUACCCCAGCACCCCAAAUAUUUAUCGUACCUAAAAUAUUUAGUAGCCUAUACUACUUAAGCUCUACCCUAGUGCCCGAAGAAAAUCGAAGCCCGAAUCGCCUGGCUCGAGCCGGUGGAUCGUCGUAGCAGCCGUUCCACUCCUUUUGUGACAUUUAUUUGUUCGCCUCUGAAAACGGACAGUCGAUUUGGCAUUACUUUUCCAGACAGACAGAUUUUAUUGAUCUGUCUCGUUCGCUCUUUCCCGAAGCGGCGGAAAGGGACAGCGAGGAACGGAUCGUCAGAGGGAGAGAGAGAGAACGAACGGCCACGGCGGAACUGAACGCCCCAUAAAGCUAACCAAUGCUAAUACUUCGGGUCUCCGCAGUGGCGUACUUUCGCGAGCGCGUGCCCCACGGGACGUCCGCUCGCCCACGCCACGCGAAAAUCCAGGCGGCGCCGCUGCCCUGGACCGGAAUCGGCAAUAAACGCGUAACCGAGCCUAAUUCGUAAUGUUGGCUCAGUCAUUGUGGCCCAUUGUGAAUUCACUUCCCCUCUUGUCCGGGGGCUGCGAGUACAAUGCCGGAGUUAUCGCAGGAAACUGCCAGUAACGACUCUAAGAGGCGCAUACUCUUCCGAAUACGCUCGAUUCGUUUAUCCCCCAUUCCUUCCAUCCGCGUCCCCGUUCAAUACCUCAUCCUCUCUCGUGUGAAAAACACGGAUCGAUUGGUUUCCGAAGCUUCGAAGCCACACGAAACGAAUAAAACAGUUGAUUAAAGGGUUGUCUCCUCGUUUCGCUACCCUUUAACGUAUCGUCGACGAAGGAUUCUUUACAAGUAACCUAGUCGAACUGAAGUCCCCAUAAACAUGGAAGAUGUUUUGGACUAUAAUAGCAAUAAUAAACAUCGAUGAUCUUGUAUUUUCUAUUAAUUAACUAUAAAGAGGAUCAGAGAAAGAGAACAAUUUUUCCCGCCUUUCCGCCGUUGGCAGGCCAAUGACCAUUCUCAGCCGAGGGACGAAUACAAGCAGGAGAAAUCGCAUUACUUUCAAAUUUCUCCGUCGCGAACGGGGGUGUGGCACGUGCUCCCGCUUUUUUCCCCCGUUUCUCCAAGGAGAGACGGAUGGACAGUGGGAGCCGAGAAAGUAGAUUCGUGAACUAGACAGCCGAUCGGGCACAAUAGCUGCGUUUAAUACUACAUUAAACACGCUGCGCACCGAUCGACCCAGCGACCACCGUGACAAAGUUCCCCGGACAAUGGCCGGCGAUCGGUGUAUUAGAGGCCGAGGGACGAAAACAUCGGCUGCACGUGCGUCGAAUUUCAGCGUCCGGCCUUGUAAACUUCUUUUCCCGCGGCGCGCGGGUUUCAACUUCGAUCCGGCACCAUUGAAAUCAAUUUGAAAACCGCAUGAUCGAUGCACGCGAGACAGGAUCGGCAGCCGAGUUUCACUCCGGCGUCGUUACGGGCUGCUACGCGAUAUUUCAUGUCAAAUUGGUAUCGCCGUUGCUAGAUUAGGCGUAUCGUUAUCCUCAGGAGAAAAAAGGAACGAGUGGAAACGCGGCUCCUUUCGAUCGACUUCCGGCGAGCGUUCCACGCGGUAGCGCGCUCGUGCGUGCCUGUGUGUGUGUGCGUCGACUGCGCGAAGCAAUCGAGCGUUGCCUCGUUAUCGUGCCCGGCGUAAUUGAUAAUCGGUAAUUGUCGGCAAUCGACCGAGAGAUAUGUGGCUUCGAUAUACGACUCUCACCUUCGUGGGCUGCUAAUCCAUCGAAUAGAGUACAGACAAUCUGCGGAGGCUGAGCGAUUCGAAUCUAGGCCUGAAUGAGAAUGCUGUUUAAAAGACAUCGAUCUAGAUCGGUAACGAACAACUUUUGUUUUAUACUGGACUAAAAUUCAAUACCUAAUAUUCCAUUCCGAAGCCACUAUUUUCAUGAAAUUGCCAAUGUACAAGUAGAUUCACGAGCCCGGCAGGGUUAACAACUUAAUAUUUAAAUACUUAACUAUAAUAACUUUCCGAUAAUUAAGUUAAUUUGCAAUCAAUCCAAUAUUUUAAUUGCGAUAAUCGUAACGACUGUGAUGAAGGCAACACGCUUUGUAUUCCUCUAUUAGCUUCGAUUGCAUAGGCUCCGACUUGAAGUGUCAACAGAUUUGUAUACUAA